UCUCUCUCUCUCUCUAAAUAAAAAUCGAUCCAAGGAAAAAACCAGAGAUAGAGAGGAAAGCCUACAAACAAACCAGAAAACGAAGAGAUGAAGCAGAGUUCACCUGAAGCAGUCUCUUCUUCAUCAUCUGCAAUCGGUCUACCUGACCAAUCACAACCAGCCGCGUCAUCAUCGGACAAGGCUUCAUCAAUAUCUACUGCGGCGGCUGCGGAGGACCUUGCCGUUGGUUCCAGGGACGGCGGAGGCGUAGCCCAUGAGAGCGUUACCGUGGAACGGCGUGGCGAGUUCUCCGCCGUGUGCCGGUGGACGGUCCAGAAUUUCCCGAGAAUUAAGGCUAGGGCUGUCUGGAGCAAGUACUUCGAGGUCGGCGGCUAUGAUUGUCGCCUCCUCGUCUACCCAAAGGGCGACUCGCAAGCCUUGCCAGGCUACAUCUCAAUCUACCUCCAAAUCAUGGACCCUCGCGGCACCUCCUCCUCCAAGUGGGACUGCUUCGCCAGCUACCGCCUCGCCAUCGUCAACGUCGCGGACGAUUCCAAGACCAUUCAUCGCGAUUCUUGGCACCGCUUCUCCAGCAAGAAGAAAUCCCACGGUUGGUGCGAUUUCACUCCCUCCUCCACUGUUUUCGAUUCCAAAUUGGGUUUUCUUUUCAAUAGCGACACGGUGCUGAUAACCGCCGAUAUUCUAAUCCUUAACGAGUCCGUUAAUUUCACUCGCGAUAACAAUGAGGUUCAAUCCUCCUCGGCCUCGUCGACGAUUUCGUCGUCCGUGGUUGCGGGUCCUGUGUCGGACGUUUUGAAUGGCAAGUUCACUUGGAAAGUGCACAAUUUUAGUUUGUUUAAGGAAAUGAUCAAAAGUCAGAAGAUAAUGAGCCCGGUGUUCCCAGCCGGAGAGUGCAAUCUUAGGAUUAGUGUGUAUCAGAGCUCGGUGAAUUCGGUAGAGUAUUUGUCAAUGUGUUUAGAGAGUAAGGACACGGAGAAGACGGUUAUUUUGUCCGAUAGGAGUUGUUGGUGUCUGUUCCGAAUGUCUGUGUUGAAUCAGAAGCCCGGGUCAAAUCACAUGCAUAGGGACUCCUAUGGGAGGUUUGCUGCGGACAAUAAGAGUGGGGACAAUACAAGUUUAGGUUGGAAUGACUAUAUGAAGAUGUCGGAUUUCAUUGGGCUAGAAUCGGGGUUUGUAGUCGAUGAUACUGCGGUAUUUAGUACUUCCUUUCAUGUGAUUAAGGAGUUUAGUAGCUUUUCCAAGAGCGGAGGAUUGAUUGGAGGGAGGAGUGGGAGUGGGGCAAGGAAAUCAGACGGGCAUAUGGGGAAGUUCACUUGGAAGAUUGAAAAUUUCACAAGGUUGAAGGAUCUUUUGAAAAAGAGGAAGAUUACGGGCCUCUGCAUCAAGAGCAGGAGGUUUCAGAUUGGGAAUAGGGAUUGCCGUCUCAUCGUUUAUCCUCGAGGGCAGUCUCAGCCACCAUGCCAUCUUUCAGUGUUUCUUGAAGUUACGGAUUCUCAAAAUACUUCCAGUGAUUGGAGUUGUUUUGUUAGUCACCGGUUGUCUGUUGUGAACCAGAGGAUGGAAGAAAAGUCCGUCACAAAGGAAUCCCAGAACCGCUACUCCAAAGCUGCAAAGGACUGGGGUUGGCGUGAAUUUGUGACGCUUACUAGUUUAUUCGAUCAAGAUUCUGGAUUUCUUCUUCAGGAUACAGUUGUCUUCUCCGCAGAGGUCCUUAUAUUAAAAGAGACAUCAAUAAUGCAGGACUAUACUGACCAGGAAACUGAGUCUAACAAUGCUGGUUCACAUACAGACACGGUUGGGAAAAGACGCUCAUUUACAUGGAAGGUGGAGAACUUCUUCUCCUUUAAGGAAAUAAUGGAGACCCGCAAAAUAUUUAGCAAAUUUUUUCAAGCUGGUGGAUGUGAGCUUCGGAUUGGUGUGUACGAGUCCUUUGAAACCAUCUGUAUAUAUUUAGAGAGUGAUCAGUCAGUUGGCUGUGAUCCAGAUAAAAACUUUUGGGUUAGAUACAGGAUGGCUGUUGUAAAUCAAAAGAAUCCAACAAAGACGGUGUGGAAGGAGUCUUCUAUUUGUACAAAGACAUGGAAUAAUUCUGUCUUACAAUUCAUGAAGGUUUCAGAUAUGUUGGAAGUGGAUGCAGGGUUUCUUGUGCGUGACACUGUUGUUUUUGUUUGUGAAAUAUUAGAUUGCUGCCCUUGGUUUGAGUUUUCAGAUCUGGAGGUUUUGGCUUCGGACGAUGAUCAGGAUGCUUUGACAACAGAUCCUGAUGAAUUGAUUGACUCUGAAGACAGUGAAGGAAUAAGUGGGGAUGAAGAAGAUAUAUUUAGGAACCUUCUCUCUAGAGCUGGUUUUCACCUCACAUAUGGAGAUAAUCCUUCACAACCACAGGUCACUCUACGAGAAAAGCUUCUGAUGGAUGCUGGUGCAAUUGCUGGUUUUCUGACUGGACUUCGUGUGUACCUUGAUGACCCUGCUAAAGUAAAGCGCUUGCUUCUUCCAACGAAGCUCUCUGGUAGUAAUGAUGGAAAGAAGGCCACAAAACCUGAUGAAUCUUCCCCUAGUUUGAUGAACUUGCUGAUGGGAGUCAAAGUUUUGCAGCAGGCAAUCAUUGAUUUACUGUUGGAUAUUAUGGUUGAGUGUUGCCAACCUUCUGACGGAAGUUCUAAUGGUGAUUCUUCUGAUGCAAACUCGAAACCAUCUCCAGAUGGAAGUGGAUCUGCAACUCCGUUGGAAUCUGAUAGAGAGAAUGGAGCGACAGAAUCUGUGCAAUUUCCUGUAUAUGAGAGAUUGGAUUCUGGUGUUGAUGAAGGUGGCAGUGCAUCUGCUGUACAAAGCUCUGACAUGAAUGGGCUAGAUCGACCAGAAAAGGCUCUUCCUGGACAACCUAUUUGUCCACCAGAAACAUCUGCUGGGGCUUCAGAUCAAGGACCCAUUCGCUCGAAGACAAAAUGGCCAGAGCAAUCUGAGGAGCUUUUAGGCUUGAUUGUAAACUCGCUGAGAGCCCUAGAUGGAGCUGUUCCACAAGGGUGUCUGGAACCAAGGAGACGGCCUCAGUCUGCUCAAAAGAUUGCACUUGUAUUGGAUAAAGCUCCCAAGCAUUUGCAAGCAGACCUUGUAGCGCUGGUACCUAAAUUGGUUGAGCAGUCUGAACAUCCACUAGCUGCUUGUCUGCUCCUUGAAAGACUUCAAAAGCCAGAUGCAGAACCUGCAUUAAGGAUACCUGUUUUUGGUGCUCUAAGUCAACUGGAGUGUGGCUGUGAAGUGUGGGAACGUGUUCUGUUUCAAUCUUUUGAGCUUUUAACUGGCUCAAAUGAUGAACCUCUUGUCGCAACCAUGGAUUUUAUAUUCAAAGCUGCAUCCCAGUGUCAACAUCUUCCUGAAGCGGUCAGAUCUGUCCGUGUUAGGCUAAAAAAUUUGGGUGUUGAGGUGUCUCCUUGUGUCCUUAACUUUUUAAGUAAAACUAUAAUUAGUUGGGGAGAUGUUGCUGAAAUCAUACUUAGAGAUAUUGAUUGUGAUGAUGAUUUUGGUGAAAAUUGCUCGACAAUUCCACACGGGCUUUUCUUAUUUGAUGAAUAUGGUCCUACUUCCGAAAGGCUGCAUCUGGUGGAAGAGCAGGCUUUCCGUGCUGGUCAUCAUUUUUCUGACAUUUAUAUCCUUAUUGAGAUGCUAUCUAUACCUUUCCUUGCUGUUGAGGCUUCUCAAACAUUUGAGAGAGCUGUAGCUCAAGGUGCCAUUGUGGCUCAAUCGGUAGCCAUGGUGUUGGAAAGGCGUCUAGCACAAGGAUUGAAUCUUAGUGCCAGUUUGGUCACUGAAAAGUAUCAGCAUGAAGGUGCUGUAGCAGAGGGUGAGGCUGACGAGCAGCCAACACUCCAACGAGAUGAUUUUACUUCGGUUCUUGGUCUUGCUGAGACAUUGGCCCUCUCGAGAGACCCUGCUGUGAAGGAAUUUGUAAAGAUCUUGUACACAAUUUUGUUUAAAUGGUAUGCUGAUGAAUCUUACCGAGGUAGGAUACUGAAGAGGCUUGUUGACCGCGCCACUAGCACUGUCGGUGACAAUCGUGAAGUAGACUUAGAGUUGGAUAUAUUAGUUACUUUGGUUUCUGAGGAGCAAGAAAUUAUUAGACCAAUUUUAAGCAUGAUGCGGGAGGUUGCUGAACUUGCCAAUGUUGGUCGAGCUGCUCUUUGGCACCAGCUUUGUGCUAGUGAAGAUGAAAUUAUUCGUAUGCGUGAUGAAAGAAAAGCUGAAAUUUCCAAUAUGGUCAGAGAAAAAGCAAUCAUAGCACAAAAACUGAGUGAAUCUGAGUCCAACAACAAUCAUCUCAAGUCAGAAAUGAGGGCUGAGAUGGAUCGGUUUGCUCGGGAAAAGAAGGAGCUCUCUGAACAAAUACAAGAAGUUGAAAGUCAGCUUGAGUGGCUUCGCUCAGAGCGGGAUGAUGGAAUUUCAAAGCUCACUUCAGAGAAGAAAGUUCUUCAGGAUCGUCUACAUGAUGCAGAGACACAACUCUCCCAUUUGAAGUCACGUAAACGUGAUGAAUUGAAGAAAGUUAUGAAGGAGAAGAAUGCUCUUGCUGAAAGGUUGAAAAGUGCAGAAGCUGCACGGAAAAGAUUUGAUGAAGAACUGAAACGGUAUGCCACAGAAAACGUGACUCGAGAGGAAAUCCGUCAGUCACUGGAGGAUGAGGUUCGGCGAUUGACACAAACAGUGGGGCAGACUGAAGGAGAGAAGCGUGAGAAGGAAGAGCAGGUUGCUCGGUGUGAAGCAUAUAUUGAUGGGAUGGAAUCAAAAUUGCACGCGUGCCAGCAAUAUAUUCACACCCUUGAGACUUCACUCCAGGAAGAAAUGUCGCGACAUGCCCCUCUAUAUGGUGCUGGUUUGGAAGCUCUGUCAAUGAAGGAGUUGGAGACAUUGACACGUAUUCAUGAAGAAGGGAUCAGACAGAUCCAUGCUCUUCAACAGCGGAAAGGGAGUCCAGCUGGCAGUCCUCUUGUGAGUCCUCACACCCUUCCACACAACCAUGGGUUAUACCCUGCUGCACCACCUCCGAUGGCUGUUGGGUUGCCUCCUUCACUCGUUCCAAAUGGGGUUGGGAUCCAUAGUAAUGGACACGUGAACGGUGCGAUUGGACCCUGGUUCAACCAUACUUGAGUUCUGCCAAUAUAUAGGCAUUGGUUCACUCAGUUCAAUGGAUCUGAGCGACAUCUUAGUAUGAAGGCAUGUGUUAUUUCUCUUUUUUCGAGUUAUUUUUUUUGGCAUUUUGACUGGUAGAACUGUUGGAACACACGCGUUGGCGAGGGAAGGAAUAACAAGGGUGGAGGAUGGGAAGAAUUGAAGUGAGGAAGUGGCUGUGGCUGUGGCUGUGGGUCCAAUAGAACUGACAGUUGCAAGUGCCACACUAUUUGCAUCUUUCUAUUACAGUUAAAUCAUAGGCUUUUUGCAAAGUUUUGUCAA